ACCCAAUCACAAGGCUCUGGCGCAGUCUUCUGCCCGUGAUAAGAUAUGGAGCAUGCGGUAAACGUCUUCGCCAUUGGAACUUGGAAACCAGAGGUCUACCACCUCCACUGCACUCUCCUCAAAGUCCCUAACUGAGCUCCACUCCACACCCAUGGCUUUUUACUCCCGGGCCCACAUUUGCCACUGCUUGAGCCGCCUCGCAACUCUCCGGAUACAUUCCGCAGUCACCAUCUCCGGCAACCGGCGAAACACUGGCCAUCAGUUCGUCGACGGCGUCCUGAGCCUGGCGCAGGGGCUGCUCGACCUCGGCGUUCGUGCCGGAGAUGUCGUCGCCAUUUCUGCUCUCAACAGUGACCAGUAUUUGGAGUGGUUUCUGGCUGUUGCAUUUGUUGGAGGGGUAGUUGCUCCCCUCAAUUACAGAUGGAGCUUUGAAGAAGCGAGAUUUGCAAUGGAGAUGGUGAAGCCGGUGAUGCUGAUCACUGACAGUAGUUGUAGUUACUGGUACCCAAAGCUUGAAAAUGAUCACUUGCCUUCUCUUAGGUGGCAUGUUUUCAUGGAUUCCCUUUCUGAGUUCAACAGCAAAGAAACAUUAACUACUGAAACGCUAAAGAAGCCUGCUCUGAAAUCUUUAUCAUUCAAUUACGCCUGGGCUCCUGAGGGAGCUGUUUUAAUAUGCUUCACAUCAGGGACCACUGGAAGACCGAAGGGAGUAACAAUAAGCCAUUCAGCUUUAAUUAUACAAUCUCUGGCAAAAAUUGCCAUUGUGGGUUAUGAUGAUGAUGAUGUCUAUUUGCAUACUGCUCCAUUGUGCCAUAUUGGUGGUUUGUCAUCUGCCUUGACCAUGUUAAUGGUAGGAGGUUGCCAUAUCUUUAUACCAAAGUUUGAUGCCAAAUUGGCACUGGAAGCCAUAAAGCAACACCAUGUGACUUCUCUAAUCACUGUCCCUGCAAUAAUGGCAGAUUUAGUUUCCAUUAUCAGGAUGAAGAUGACCUGGAAAGUGACUGAAAGUGUAAAGAAGAUACUAAAUGGAGGUGGAGGUCUCUCUAAUGGGCUUAUUGAAGAUGCUAUCAAAUUCUUCCCAAGAGCUAAGAUUCUUUCAGCUUAUGGAAUGACAGAGACCUGUUCUUCACUGACAUUCAUGACCCUCUAUGACCCAACAUGUGCAAGCUCCAGGCAGGCUCUUCAAGAGUUAGUUGAAAUAAAAUCAAGUUCAUUUCACCUGCCUGAAGGUGUUUGUGUCGGCAAGCCUGCUCCACAUGUUGAAUUAAAAAUAUGCUUUGAUAGCUCAGAUCAUGUUGGAAGGAUUUUAACCAGAGGCCCACACAUAAUGCUUAGAUAUUGGGAUCAAAUUCCAUCAAGGCCAUCAGAUUCUCCUGAUGAAGGUUGGCUAGAUACAGGUGAUAUAGGGUCCAUCGAUGACUAUGGUAAUAUAUGGCUGAUUGGACGAACAAACAAUCGAAUCAAGAGUGGAGGGGAGAACGUGUAUCCUGAAGAGGUGGAGACCGUCCUAUCACAACACCCAGGAGUCACUGGCAGUGUGGUUGUUGGACUUCCAGAUGUUCGCUUGACAGAGAUGGUUGUUGCUUGUAUUCGAAUAAAAGACAAUUGGCAAUGGGCUGAUAAUAGUCCUGUACAUCCAACUGAAAAGAAAGAGCUAGUCUUAUCCAGUGAAACCCUGCGGCACCAUUGUAGAGAGAAGAAUUUAACUGGAUUUAAAAUACCAAAACUUUUUACUUUAUGGAGGAAGCCAUUCCCACUUACAUCAACUGGAAAAUUGAGAAGAUACCAAGUUCAGAGAGAAGUUUUGUCCCACCUGCACUCCUUGCCUAGCAAUCUUUGACUUUAGAGUCACUUAUUCAAGGAGCAAUCUAUGACUAUGAGUCACUUUUUCACAUUGCCAUUUCCAGCUGUUUAGAAUCCGAGGCACACACCAUAUCAUCCUCCCCAUGGACUACUAGCAUUGGAACUUCUAACUCAUGGCAAUGCCUACUUAUGUAGUCACAAACUCUCAGAAACUCCAGUGCUGUGGCUGCAGGUGGCUUUCCAGAGGCACGACGGUUUGGACUCUUUGCCACUAACUUUCUCUUCCACUCCUCUUUGUAGGACUUACUUGCCAAAGGUUUCGAAGUCACUAUCCUCCAAUUGGGUGCAAAGAAAGCAGCCACUGGAAGCAGCUUCUCUAGUGGCCACACUGGUUUGAACUUAGCAGAAACUCCACACAUAGCUCCAUUCAAAAUCAACCCAUUCCACUUGCAUUCUUGCUUGAGGCAUAAAAGUAUGGUAAUUGCACCACCCAGUGACUCGCCAUAGAGGAAAGCAGGGAGCUUCGGGUGGUUAGCUCGUGCAGAGUCGAAGUAUUGGAUGCAGUCACGAACAAUAGGCUGGAUAUCAGGGAUGUGCCCAGGUAAGCCUUCAGAAUAGCCAUGGCCUUGGAGGUCAAGUGCAUAAACAAAAUACCCAGCCUUAGCAAUAGCCACAGCAGUGAGCCCAAAGAGCCAGCUGCUCUCAGAGGUGUAGCCAUGGACCAUGGCCACAAGGCCCUUGGGUUGAAGGGUGGAAUCAGGACACCAGGACUGUGUGAAGAUUUUCAAGUUUUGGCUGUUUAGCAUGAAACCCUCCUGGUGGAGAACAUGGUGUUUUUUGUAGAAUUCUUCCCUUGUGAGGUUCCCAAAAGGGCUGUUCUCAUUAGCUUGGUGUACAGGAUGAGCCAUUCUGCUAAAACAAAUGGAAAGCACAAGGGUAAUAUAGAAGCAGGAGAGUAUGGGAUGGGGGACAAUGCACUUUACAACUUGAUAUCUUUAUAUAAGUCUCCAUGUUGCAUAUCAGCUGGGUGUUAUUUUUCCAACUGUCCUACUUCCCCAACCAUUAAUGUUCUUCAUAGACUUGAAGCA